GCGGCGCGGGGCGCGUCGCCCCCCUCAGUCCACCAGAGCCCGGAUACCUCAGAAAUUCGGCUCUGGGUCUGUGGGGAGCGAAAUGCAACCCAAACCCCAUUUUUCCGAACCCCGCGCAAAUAAACACGCACAAGCACGCACACAGACGUCGCCGCGGCUGGCGCUCGCCGCCUCAGGUCUAGGCGGGCCGCCGGCCGGCCCGGGCCGCGAGGGAAGAGCCCAGGCCCGAGAGGGGUCGCCGUCUACGUCUCGCAGCCUGAGGGGUGGCCGCUCGGCCUCGGCCGCUCACAGGCGCGAUGUAAGUGCCCGGCGUCACCGGCCCGGCUUAACGGUGCAACGGCCGGCCUGGGCCUGCAACUCUGGGGUCCCGGUCGGGCUGGAGCGGCCGCCGGAGAGACCUGGUAGGCGGGGCGCUUGGGGCAGGAAGGGAGCCGGGGAGGGAAAAGCGCGACUGUGAUUUGUACGGCUGGGCCCGGACCGUGAAGGAGACCGGGUUGCGGCUGCCCUCACACCGACCACCUGGGACCGGCUGACUGCGGCCGCUCUUCGCUCAACUGGGUCGCCGACCUUGUUGAGGGGCGACCACUGCGGGAGGCCGGGAGCCUGCGGCCCGAGUUUGAGGUGAAUGGCAGUGCCCUGAGUGCGGCGGCUGGGUCUCGGUGACACUGACGACUGGAGGGGCGGUCGGAAGAGCGCGGGGCCGUCGCCUCUGGCUUAACAUGGCAGAUGCGCCGAAACUCCAACAGGUGGCUCCGUGGCGCAAUGGAUAGCGCAUUGGACUUCUAGAGGCUGAAGGCAUUCAAAGGUUCCGGGUUCGAGUCCCGGCGGAGUCGUAGCGCUUUUUAUCCCUCCCCCUCACAAUCUAUUUUCUUCCCGUCAUGUCUCCUAUUUCUUUCUUGUUUUUUGGCUGAACGGUUUAACUUGUCUCUCAUUCCCUGCUCUCGCAGUUCACUGCAUUCGGCUCUUGCGGUCCUUUGCUCUUAAGCGGCUCGAAGGGUGCCGAGCCCCUCAGCUCCCGGGGCCUCGGUGGCUCAGGGCCGGGUCAGCCGACUCUGCAGUCGAUCUAGGUCCUGAGAAGAGCGAUGGCUGCAGCGGCGAAGGAAAAGCGACAGCGAAGCGAGGGCUCGCGGUUUCGGCCUAAAGGAAAGUGUAGGGGAGGCCCGGGUCUCGGGUGACACCCCCACGCCUCUAGCGGGAUUGUGGCUGCGAGGGAGGUACGAGAAAACGCGCCUACACCCUGCGUGCGCUGUGCUGACUACCUCUCCAGCAUGGAGGCUUCCAGAUGAGCAGGCACCCGAAUCCCAGCGGGAGCCCGUCAAAAAUGGGGAUUUCUGCCGUCACUCUGGGACUCUUAAUUCGGUCCGUCUGGGGUGGAGCCCAGGAAUCUGCAUUUCUGAUAAGGUCACCUGCUCCCCUCCCCUAUUAUUCCAGUGCAAAGAGGUCCUAGGCCCACUACCCAUCAGCUCCUCAAGACAGGAGUUACUAUAUCUUUUUCUGACAACUGUUAGCUUUGCACAAGAUUAGCAAAUAAAUCCAGGAAUGAAUGGAAUCUUAAACUCGUAAAAAACAAUGAAAGAUAAUUCACACAAAAGAUACAAAAUCGAAAAUUGUCAAAAAAGGUACAGGGAAAAGUAAGCAUCCUUGUUAUUCCUAUAGGCCAGCCUCGCAAUUCUCUCCACAAGCCAUUAGUGGUAAUGGUUUCUUGGAAAUAUUUUCAGAUUUAUUUUAUGCCCAUAGCAGCAUUUUUAACAUCUUUUGUCAUAAAUAUGUCAUAAAUAACAGUGUUAUUGAUGUAUGUGAUAUGUAUCCUUUUAAAAACACAAAUUGUAGUAUGCUAUACUUGCUUGUUUUACUUAUGAAUACAUGUAGAGCUGCCUUGUUCCAUUGUACAUAUGAUUUAACAGUCCGUAAUAGCUGGACAUUUAGAUUUCCAGUAUUUUCCUAUUACAAACAAUGCAUCAGUGAACAUCCUUGUUCUUAUAUUAUUGUAUACAAGUACAGGUACAUGUAUCUGUAGGAUAGAUUCCUAGAAAGUUGAAUUGCUGGUUCAAAGUUUUGUGCGUUCUUAAUCUGUACUUUUUAAAUAUAUAUUGGCAAAUUGCCCCUUAGA